GUCGGCGUAAGGUGCUCGGCGAGCUUACUCUGAUUAUCCUUGACGGAAGCUGCUCACUUGCUUUUAUAUGUGGACUCUGGCGGGGUAAAGAUACUGUUAGGAGAAAAUUUUAAAGUCUAUUCUGGCGCUCAAGAGCGGGACUGACGAAGUGUCCGUGUCUACACAUGAACUGACUGGUCUUCUUCAUGGCGGUGCAGCUAAGUAGAAUAUCAGACGCGUCCACCGUCACUUUGAAGUUAAAAUAAAAAUGAUGUUUUUGGAUUAGAGGUGGUUUGUUUUAUCGCGCUUGGAUAGUUUAUAUCAGACUUCAUUUCGCAACAGGAUUGUUCAAAAGAAAUAUGUCAUCGUCUUCUUCUAACUACUACUGCGCAUUGCUGAAACAUUGUUGCGAAGUCCGGAACCACAUCCAGGCAAAGAAGCUCCAUUGCUACAUAAUCAAAACAUUGAGAACCCCGGAAACCUUUCUGUUAAACAAUCUCAUUAGUACCUAUGGUAAGCUCGGCAACAACGUCUACGCGCAGCGAGUGUUUGAUCAAAUGCCUGAGCCAAAUCUCUUCUCAUGGAAUUCUAUCCUUUCGACUUUUUCCAAAUCAGGUAAAAUUGCUGAGAUGGUAGCUGUUUUCAAUAGAAUGCCAAGCCGAGAUGUUGUGUCAUGGAAUUCGCUUAUUUCUGGUUAUGCUGGCAUUUCCAUUGUUAAUUCAGUGAAGGCUUAUAAUUUAAUGUUAAAGGAAGGAUCCAACAAUUUAACUCGCAUUACCUUCUCUACAAUGCUUAUACUUGCAUCGAGUCAUGGGUGUGUUAAUUUGGGACGUCAGAUUCAUGGGCAUAUUGUGAAGUUUGGUUUUCAGUCCUAUGUUUUUGUUGGAAGCCCUUUGGUGGAUAUGUAUUCAAAAACAGGCUUCAUUUCUGAUGCAAGGCAGGCUUUUGAGGAGAUGCCUGAGAAGAAUGUGGUUAUGUUUAAUACUAUGCUAACAGGGCUGCUACGAUAUGGUAUGAUUGGAGAUUCAUGGCAUUUAUUUUAUGAUAUGCGGGAAAAAGAUUCUAUUUCUUGGACGACAAUGAUCACAGGCUUCGCCCAAAAUGGUUUGAAUAAAGAAGCAAUUGAUUUAUUCAGAGAGAUGAGAUUGGACAAUUUAGAUAUGGAUCAAUACACAUUUGGAAGUGUAUUGACUGCUUGUGGAGGUCUUCUCGCCUUGCAAGAAGGCAAGCAAGUUCAUGCAUAUAUAAUUAGAACUGACUAUAAGGAUAAUAUAUUUGUAGGUAGUGCUCUUGUUGAUAUGUAUUCCAAGUGUAAUAGCAUAAGAGCAGCAGAAACAGUUUUCAAGAGGAUGGCCUUUAAGAAUGUUGUGUCCUGGACUGCAAUGUUGGUGGGUUAUGGACAAAAUGGUUACAGUGAAGAAGCCGUUAAAGUCUUCUGUGACAUGCAAAAAGAUGGAGUCAAGCCAGACGAUUUCACUCUUGGAAGUGUAAUUAGUUCGUGUGCCAACCUUGCAAGCAUAGAAGAGGGUGCCCAAUUUCAUGGCAGAGCUCUGGUUACUGGUCUACUUUCCUUUAUUACUGUUUCCAACGCUCUUGUUACAUUAUAUGGAAAGUGUGGAAGCGUUGAAGACUCCCAUAGGCUUUUUAAUGAAAUGAGUGUCAGGGAUGAAGUCUCAUGGACUGCCCUGGUUUGUGGAUAUGCCAAAUUUGGUAAAGCCGAUGAAACAAUCAGGUUAUUUGAAAGCAUGUUAGCCCAUGGUUUGAAACCUGAUGGAGUUACUUUUAUUGGGGUUCUUUCGGCUUGCAGUAGAGCAGGAUUAGUAGAGAAAGGUAAACAAAUAUUCCAAUCAAUGAUUAAAGAAUACAGGAUUGCCCCAAUUCAUGAUCAUUAUAGUUGCAUGAUUGACCUUUACAGUCGAGCUGGGAGGUUAGAGGAAGCUCGAACUUUUGUAAACCAGAUGCCUUUCAGUCCUGAUGCAAUUGGUUGGGCAACGUUAUUGAGCUCUUGCAGAUUCUAUGGGAACAUGGAAAUUGGCAAAUGGGCGGCUGAAUCACUUCUGGAGUUGGAGCCACAUAAUACUGCUAGCUACAUCUUGCUUUCAAGCAUCUACGCUGCAAAAGGAAAAUGGGCAGAAGUUGCCAAACUGAGAAAAGGAAUGAGGGACAAGGGACUGAGAAAGGAACAAGGAUGUAGCUGGAUCAAAUAUGAGAACAGAGUGCACAUUUUCUCUGCUGAUGACUGGUCAAAUCCAUUUUCAAAUCAGAUAUAUUCUGAGCUUGAAAAACUGAAUUACAAAAUGCUGAAAGAGGGAUAUGUGCCUGAUAUGAACUCUGUUCUUCAUGAUGUUGAGGAUUCAGAGAAAAUUAAGAUGCUUAAUCACCACAGUGAAAAGCUUGCAAUUGCCUUUGGGUUGAUAUUUAUUCCUCCUAAUCUUCCCAUACGUGUGGUAAAAAAUCUCAGGGUUUGUGGGGAUUGCCACAAUGCCACCAAGUAUAUAUCUAAGAUCACCCAGCGGGAAAUUCUUGUGAGGGAUGCUGCUCGGUUCCACUUGUUUAAAGAUGGAACCUGCUCAUGUGGAGAUUUCUGGUGACAGGCCCGAUUCCUACAUCUAUUUAACCAACGUUUAAAGAAGUUUAUUUUGAAAAGCAAGGAAAACUGCAGGAGUCAUUGUGAAUUGGCCUAUGAGGUUAACUUUCAAGAUAUGAAUGAAAUUAUCAUUUCUGCGUCUUUUAAAGCACCAAAUUACAGCUACGGUUCCUGCUAUUGAUCUAGAGCUUUUAGCCAUCUUGAUUUGAGAAGGAGGAGACUCAGCAAAUGCAGAAUGUAUGACCUUUUCAGAAGUUAUCGGAAGCAUGUGUUGUAGCAGCCGCUCAGUUUCUAAUAAUCUAACCAGAAAAGCCAAGUGACACAUACUUGAGAAGAGUAACUUGGUCAAUUCAUAUUUAUUUAUUUAUUUAUGUUGUGGUUCAGAAGAUUUAGUACAAGAGAAUCUUAGAAGAGCCGCAACAGUGACAUGGUACGAGAGGAAACCAAUAACUAUUACCUGCAACUGAUUACAAACUUCAAUGACUUCAGCUAGAGGUGCCCAAUCACCAAAGUUCCUCUCUAUAAACUGGUACGCAAUGCCUGUUUUUCCACUCCCUACUAUAAAGAGUCCGCCCUUUAUCUCACCUUGCCCUUUGAAGUUAUUGUCGAUUCCCAUGGCCUUUGCACGCUUGUAAUUGGCCAGUGCUCGGGGAUUCAGUAAAAAUCCUGAUAUGAACUUGUCCUUGAGCAGUUUUCCGCCACCAAGAGCUUUAAAGAAAUCCCUACCUCGAUCCAAAAGUACUAUACCACCCCAGUAUCGGGGCCAGAAAUCCUUUACCUGCUCCACAACAAUUAAUAAGUCAAAUAAAGAAGAUUUUAUUCCAGCAACAAACGUUUGAAGUCUGCUGAUACCUCUGACUCUAUGUGCUCGUGGAGAACUGCAAAUAGUUUAACCCCAAGGGCAUCAAAUAUGGGCUUUCUUGAAAAGAGCUGGUGUGCCUCAGCUCUACACAUGAUGCACCUGUUUUCAAGUUUAAGGAGCAUAAUUAGCAACAUAAUUCACUUUUGUCAAUAGACAGAAACCUACGAAGUGUUCAAAACCUAUUCGAAUUGAUUGGACCACACCAAUCUAAUCUAAUUCAACCAAAAUUGAUCUCUUAAA